CCGGGCUGAGGAGGCGGCUGCGGGAAGUGGGCUGCGGCGGGCCCGCGGCGUCGGGUGGUGCGGAUGUCGGGCUGGGCGGACGAGCGCGGCGGUGAGGGCGACGGGCGCAUCUACGUGGGCAACCUUCCGACCGACGUGCGUGAGAAGGACCUCGAGGAUCUGUUUUACAAGUACGGUCGCAUCCGCGAGAUUGAGCUCAAGAACCGGCACGGCCUCGUGCCCUUCGCCUUCGUGCGCUUCGAGGACCCGCGAGAUGCUGAGGAUGCCAUCUAUGGAAGAAACGGUUAUGACUACGGCCAGUGUCGACUCCGGGUGGAAUUCCCCAGGGCUUACGGAGGUCGGGGAGGGUGGCCCCGAGCCUCGAGGAACGGGCCUCCUACAAGACGAUCAGAUUUCCGAGUUCUUGUUUCAGGGCUUCCUCCAUCCGGCAGCUGGCAGGACCUGAAGGAUCACAUGCGCGAAGCUGGGGAUGUCUGUUACGCAGACGUACAGAAGGACGGAAUGGGGAUGGUUGAAUAUUUGAGGAAAGAAGACAUGGAAUAUGCUCUGCGGAAACUGGAUGACACCAAAUUCCGCUCUCACGAGGGUGAGACUUCGUACAUCCGGGUGUAUCCUGAGAGGGGCACCAGCUAUGGCUGCUCGAGGUCGCGGUCGGGGUCCAGGGGCCGUGACUCUCCAUACCAAAGCCGGGGCUCGCCACACUACUUCUCUCCGUUCAGGCCCUACUGAGGAGGCGGCGGGAGGGCUCUCUUCAGGUUUUUUUGAAGAGCUGAGCUGCUUUGUGCUCAGUGUCUACAUUCCAGAUCGAUAACUUAGUGUCUUAGGAAAGUCCUUAAUUUCUCCUCCCCCCCCCUUUUUUUUUUCUUUUUUAAGGAGCUACGUAAUUUCGACCAGAGCCACUGUGCUAGCAGGGACAUGUUUUAGACUGCAGAGAUAGAAGUCAUGGCUUUGGUUCAGGGACAAGUUGUAUAUUUUUCACCCCUGAUUAUGGGACAGAGAUCAGUGCUGCAUCUUUAUGGGCUGCUCUGCUCUGGACAUCAGCAGCCACACGGCCGAGUCGCCCACUGUGUUUAGAAAUAUAUUUUAAAUGUUUAGUAA